GCGUUCGUCGGCGCCGUGAGAAGUGGAGGAGCGAGCGAGGACCGUGGGCGGAGUAAAAGAGAAAAAGUUAGGGUUUCUUGGAUCCAUUUACUGAAUCGAGAUCUUCGACGAUCUCGAAGCUAAAGAUUUUCAAUGAGGAAGGAAGUUGUAGACAUGAGCACAGAUGAAGAGCCUGAUUGUGUUCUGAUUUGUUCAGCUCCUGAUAACCCUGAACAACCCAGUGAUCAUGAUUCUAAUUCAUACCAACUUUCUGAAUUGGAGAAGGCUGAAAUGGAGAAUCCUGAUUCUCAUGAUCUUCCAAUAAAUCAAGGAUCAAAAGGGGAUGGUGGCAAGGAAGAUAGCAUGACAUAUUCAGUGGAUGUCCCUAUUAAUGGAAUCAGUGACGGUCUCAAGGAGCAAGAACUGCCUCGUAUUGACAAUUUAGAGUUAGAUGGUGACGUCGAAAAGAUGAAAAAGGUUAACAGGGUAGGGCAAAAGCCAACAAAUAACAAAAUUUUGGACCACUCUGCGAAGUUGACGUUGAAAUCCAGUACUGCUGGAAACGUGAGGUCUAGGCAAAAUGUUUCCCAACCGCUUGCUCUUGCAACUGUCAAGCAUGCAUCAAGUGGAAAUUCUUUGGUUCCAAAAACUGUAGCUGAAGGAAAAACGUCCAAUUCAAGUAGUUUGCAGUUGCAGAACCUCAUGAAGAAGGCUCAUGGCAACCCGCCUCUUGCAUCAAGGAAGCCUCUGCAUGCUGACAGUAAACAUACUGAUGAAGAAGAUUCUUGCUCUGUGGCUUCUUCAACUGCUGCAUCUGUGAAGACAUUAAAAGGAAGAACCACUGUGGCAUCAGCACCUAGUUUUAGGUGCAGUGAGCGUGCUGAAAAGCGGAAAGAGUUUUACUCGAAGUUAGAAGAAAAACACCAAGCUCUUGAGGCAGAGAAAAACCAAAGUGAAGCAAGAACUAAGUUAAUGAAGAAGAUCGAAUGCACUUUGUCAUGGGAGCACUGUGAGCAUAUUGAAAUUCCCAAUGAGGAAGAAAAAGAGGCAGCUUUAAGGCAGCUUAGAAAGAGCAUGACAUUCAAGGCUAAUCCUAUGCCAAGCUUCUACCGUGAGGGACCACCUCCUAAGGUUGAACUUAAAAAGCUACCCACGACUCGAGCAAAAUCACCUAAACUUGGCCGAAGAAAGAGCUGUGGUGAUGCCAACAAUUCUUCUCAAGGAGAGAACAAGAGUAAUGGAGCACCUGAACGGGCAACCCGUCACAGUUUGGGUACUUACAAAGUUGGCAACAAGCUGCAAAACAAUGCAAAAAUUGGAAAAAACAUUGUUCUCAAAGACAAAGAAGCAUCCAAAUCUGCAAGGGAGGUAUCAAAUGAGUCUCCUACUAUUGAAGCCACCGAGCAGAUAACUACCAAUACCUCUGUGCAAUCUUGACCUUCGAUCUACUCAUUUUCCUUUUAAAGUUAUUGCUCUUAUGAUCUUACAUCACAGGAAAUGAAGCAUUGCUUUCUCCCAACAUCAGUAUACUUGGUUUUGGAGGAAGUUAUAUGAUUCUGAGAACUUGUUGCUAGGAUUUGUGGUGUAUGAUGGUGUAAAUUUUGUAAGUUAUAUUGAAGUUUGUAUGUAACUGAAUUGUCAUCUCUCUGGAGAUUGUUUUAUGCUGUCCUUGACAUGGAAUGUGAGACUUUUGACUGCAUCUGAGCUUUAUUUCGGCCAGGGAUUGUAUUUUA